UAUUCAGAUGUGCAGCCUUCUCUUUCCUGAAUUUAGAGGACAACAGUUCAACACAAACACAACGUUUGCAGCUCUCAAUAUAACCACUUUGCCCUUGUUUGAAAGAGACCUCCAGUUUUUGAAGACCACACUGUUCUUACCUACUGGCCCUCCACCCCACAGGCACAGAGAGAGAAGCACAGAAGCCAUGUUUCCUCUUCGUGUGCCCCUGUUGGCCAUACUGGUCAGUAUGGCACUGUGCCAAUAUUAUGACUACGACGAACACCCUGUUCUCGACCUAAUACCCUUAAGCCCCAACUGUAAUCAAGAAUGCGAGUGCCCAUACAAUUUCCCCAGCGCCAUGUAUUGUGACAGCCGUGGUCUCAAGUUUGUUCCUGUAGUCCCAACAGGAAUCAAGUACCUGUACCUUCAGAACAACCAGAUUGACGAGAUCAAGCCAGGUGUAUUUGAUAAUGUUACUGCUGAACUUCGCUGGCUCAUACUUGACAACAACCAGAUCACCAAUGCUAAGAUAGCAAAGGGCACAAUCGACAAACUCACUGGCCUGGAGAAGCUAUUCUUCAGCCACAACAACCUCACAGAACCAGUCAUCCCUCCUUCAAAGUCUCUUGAUGAGCUGAAGAUGAUGUACAACCAGUUAUCCAAGUUCCCCUCUGGACUCUUGACUGACAAAGAAAAUUUGACCUUUAUCAACCUUCAGCACAAUCAGCUAACAUCCGAUGCCAUCGCUGGGGCCUUCAAAGGUCCCAAAAAGCUGCUGUCCCUGGAUGUGAGCCACAACAAGCUGAAGAAGCUGCCAGCUGGAGUCCCCAGCUCACUAGAAAUCCUCUAUGCUGACUACAAUGAUAUUGAUGGUAUUGGAGCUGGAUACUUGAACAAGCUGCCAUCACUGCAGUACCUAAGGAUCUCCCACAACAAGUUGAUGGAUGCCGGGAUACCUGCUGGAGCGUUCAACGUGUCGUCACUGGUGGAACUGGACCUGUCUUUCAACAAGCUGCAGUCCAUCCCUGAGAUCAACGAGCAGCUGGAGCAGCUCUACCUCCAGGCCAAUGAGAUCAACAAGAUUGAGAUGGCAAGUUUCUGCAAGUACAUUGGACCUCUCAACUAUUCCCGCCUGAAGCAUCUGCGCCUGGAUGCCAACAACGUCACACACAUCAACAUGCCCCCUGAUGCCGUCAACUGCCUGCGCCAAGCUUCAGAUAUCAUGUUCGAAUAAGGGCCACCCUCAGAUCUUCAGCCUUUCUGCUAUCAUAACACCGCUCAGCUCAAACUCUUGUGGAUUUAAUUGUCAUAAUAUACCAUCUUUCAAAGUGCUCCUAUGUCCCUGCACGUCUGACAUAAGUAUUAUGAAAUCUGGGAUAUUGUCAUCUCAUAUCAAACAUAUAUCUUGAACAAAUCUAAAGCUGAGCUAUUGUUGAUAGCCAUGACAAGCUAUCAACAAUUUUGAACAUCUUUGAGCAACCUAUCUUGCAAAAUAUGCAAUCGGAUUAUUUCAGAUUGUGUUUAUUUCAGCAAAUGUUCCAAGUAUUUGGCUCUUUAUAUUUACAGGUAUAAAUUAAUAUAAAAUAAUUGUUUAAAUUGACAUGAACAUAAAAAAUAACAUUCCAACAGUAGAAAUAAAGAGUAAAAAAAGUCUGCUGAAUAAACAUGAAUUCAUAUACACACACUUUAUACAUUCCAAACUUGCAUUUGAUUAUACUGAAUACAGACUCAGUGGAGUAAGCAAAGACUAAAGUUCUCCCGUGUCUCAGUUCAGUUGUCGUGUCAUUUUGUUGUCUGUCUUGUAUGUUCCAGUGUUCAGCAUGUAUAGUAUAAUGUGGGUACAAUAAUGAAUCCAUUGCUGUGCAAAGGACCAGCGAGAAAGGGCUUCACACUCCGUGUGAUGUCUUUAUAAGAAAUUAUGAUCAAACUGUAAAAUAGCAGUUACAGUGCAGUCAUAUGUUCAGUAUCUAAAAUGAUUUUUAAGGAAAAUAUCAGUGUUAUUUACUUGUGCCUGUUAUUUACUACCUUGUUGCAAAUGCAUGGUGGCCCACUGGCUGAUUAGCAAUAUCCAUUCUCUUUAGGAAAUUUACUUCCCAGGUUUUUACAGGAAUAAUUUCAAGCUGAACAUCUGAAAAAUUUACAUAUAUUUGUCUUUGGUGUUAGAAAUUAGAAUAAAUGAUACAAGUGUAAAAGACACCAACAUUAUCCUUAGAAGUAAAUCCUCAUAGCGAAUUUCUUUCUUUUUCAGAAAUCACGAGUCAGUCUGUUUAUUCACAUGACUUAGUUCCUAGCUGUCUGCUGUUGUGCACAUUGCUGAUUUGUAUACAACAUUGCAUUACUUGCAUGCUUCCAAUGGUACAUUCUUUGAUAAUAAACUACAGCUUUUGCAGUUAAGGUGCUGUCAUUGUUACGUAGUCGUUUACCAUAACUGAUAAAGGCUUUUUACCAAUACAAAGUCAACUUGGCGGGUCUGUCAUGUGGACUGAAAUUAUGUUAUUAGAAUAUCACAUUUUGUUUAGGUUUAAUUUGUCGUUUUAUCGUGAUUUCAUUUGUGGCCUUUUGACUCAGUAACUGCUCUUGGAUUUACUGUGAGGAAACCAAACACAAUUGAAUAAACUAUGUUCCCAACUAUUUGUAUGAUAUCACUUUUUAAGCCUUGGUGAAGCCAGCUUAUAUUUGCUGACAGGACUAUUGGGCUUAAAAUUUGUAUUUAUGUACCAUUUCUUUAACAAGGCUUCCUUUAUUAAGGUUUAUAAUGUAUAAGUAACAGCUUAUUAACUGUGCAUACAGUAAGUUAUAUUUCAAAUCAUUAAGCCUGUAAUUAGCCUUUAAAGAUGUCUUUGGGGUUGUAGUUAAAAAGUACAUUUGGCUGGUGCACUCAAAGCGUUAAUGGCACAGUUUAAAGUGUUUAUAAAACAAAGUAAACACAUUUCUGUGAACAUCUGCAUUAAUAUCACUGACUGUAGUAAAGUUACUGCUCUCAAACCUACAAUACUAAAAGUGUUAUUGAGCUAUAAUGGUUCAAAGCACAUAGCUGAAAUUCGCAUUUUGAGUACAAGCUGAAGCCAAGUGGAAGAAGUCAACAAGCAAAACAACAUAUUCUCUACAGCUAGUUCUGACCGCAGAGAUCAUACCAAGCAGCUGUGCGACCCGAGCAUUAUAAUAGAUUAUUGUGUACUCUGUAAACUGUGCUUACUUUUUGGCCAGCUGCCAUCUCUGGCCUAAAUCUUUGUGAUU